AUGGCCGCACAACCAGUCCUACCAUCAACAACAAAAUCUAAUGAACUUCUUCGUUUCUGUUUUGCAAGCUUCUCUCAAGGCUUUGCUGGCUUCUGUACUAAUCCUAUUGAUGUAAUUAAAACACGUAUGCAAGUUGAUGGAGAAUUACAAACAACACGUAAUGUUGGUGAACAAAUGCAGAAUCGUUAUUAUAAAGGUCUUGUACGUGGAUCACUGCGUAUUGUUCGAGAAGAAGGUUUAGCUGGUCUUAUGCGAGGUGCUGUUCCAGGCACAUUACGAGAUGCUACUUAUUCCGGUAUGCGUAUAUUUCUAUACGAGCCAUUCAAAAAUUUGUUCGGCGGUGCUAGUCGUCUUCAUGAGAAAAUUGCAGCUGGUGCAUGUGCAGGUGCAAUAUCGAGUUUUUUUGCGACACCACUUGAUGUUGUCAAAAUUCGUUUACAAGUCAAAGGUGAACGACGCUAUCGUGGUUUAAUGCAUGGUCUUAUUGAUGUAGGUAAAACAGAAGGUAUAGCAGGCCUUUAUAAAGGUUGGGCACCAACUAUGAUUCGUGCUGCUGUACUUACUGGAAGUCAAGUAGCAUCUUACGAUCAAAUUAAACGAGCAUUAAUUAAUCAUAAUUAUAUGCAAGAAGGUUUAGCUUUACAUACUGUUGCUUCAUUUUUUGCUGGUCUUAUUUGUUCAUUAACAACAUCACCAGUCGAUGUAAUUAAAACUCGAUAUCAAAAUACUCCUGCACAUUUAGGUAAAUAUUCAAGUGUAUUCGAUUGUUUUAUUCAAUCAGUUAAAGCUGAAGGUAUCUAUGGUCUUUAUAAGGGUUUCUUACCUAAUUGGAUGCGUCUUGGACCACAUUCAAUAAUUUCGUUUCUUAUGUAUGAUAAUAUGUGUAUCGCUUUUGGUUUAAAACCAAUUUAG